GUUGCUGACGUCAUCAGCAAGCGACUUCCGCGCGCGCUGCCGGAGGAAAGUGUCGGCGCGAAAGGACGAGAAAACAAUUAGUUGAGAAAAAGCUGAUUUGUUCCUCCAUUGUUGAGCCAGAAGAAGAAGGCCGUCCGGGCAGCGAUGUUUUCCCCGCGUACAGCCCCGAGCUCGGCCCGCAGGCAGCAGAACAGAACCCCCGCCAGGAGAGCGUCCAGCAGCCUGCUGCUCACCCCCAGACGGACGCCUCUUUCCGCCAGGGCGACGCCUGGUCGCGAGCAGAGCCACGCCCCCUCGGACUGCCUCAACUAUGACGUGCAAACGUUCGGCUCCUCGCUGCCCGUCAAGGUGAUGGAGGCGCUGACUGCGGUCAACGCCGAGGAGCCCAUCUCCGUGAAGGUCUGCGACAGCGGCUGGGCCUGGAUGGUCUGCGGGGAACGAGUCGUCAUCUGGAAGAUCUGCCAGACCGCCGUGGCCAAGCUGUGCGUGUGCAAGGAGCUCCAGCUGCCCAACAGCGGGUACGGCUACACGGCGGACCUCGUGGCCGUGGCGUCCGUCGCCCCUCUGGAGACGGCGGCGGUCCAGGCCAUCUCCGUCCUGGCCGUGGCGGCCGAGGGAACGGCGCGUUUGUGGCCCAGCUUGUCUCAGGAGGGAAACUACUCUGAGAGCGACCUGGACCUGGGAGACCUGUGCUCCUUCGUGGUGGCGGUCGCAGGCGGCAGCUUUGUCGCGUCCUCCACUACGAACCGUCUCCUGAGAGUCAGCGCGGACGCUUCCGGAAGGCCACAGUACCGAGCGCUGCAUCAGGGCCAGGGCGUGUUGUCAGGCAUCGGACGCCGGGUGUCCAGCCUGUUUGGCAUCCUGUCGCCGCCCGCCAUCGACGCCCUCCACAGCGUGCUGUGGGUGGGCGGAGCCAGCAGCCUCUACACGCUGACCAGUUCCCGCCUAAGCAAAUGGGAAGUGGACGUGAGCUCGGAGCAGCAGACCAUCAGCUGGGACGCCCAGCGAGCUCUGACCGAGAGCGUCGCCGACGCCAUCUGGGGCUCCGAGAGCAACUACGAGGAGAUGCGUGACGGCAUCAACGUGAGCUUUUUGGACAUGAAGCUCAGCCAGGCCGGCUUGGUGCUCCUGGUGGCCGCCUGGCACCCGGCCGACACCCCCUGCCUCGUCUACUUCUGCCUGGUCACCUUGCAGGACUUUGGCACCACCAUCUCCAACCAGUUCACUGUGGAGGUCACCAAAUACAACCCUGCCUUCCAGAGCGAAGCCGAGCUGCACGCCACACGUCUCUUGCUGCCGCCUUACCCCGGCCUCACCGCCUUCCUCUACAACGAGGAGCUGGUCUUCGCCUGCUCCACAGGAAGCAGCCGAGGGGGUCUUCCUGACGAGAGGAUCCCUUUCAACUCACCCGGUGACGGCGUGCGCGGGGGCGGCUGCUGCGCCAACCUGCCCGUCUUCUUCUCUCAGAACAGCGGCCUGGUGGCGGUGGUGGCCCGGGAGAGCGCCUCCAUCCUGCCGGAGACCGUGGAAGACUCCCUGUGCUCGUCUCUGGCGGCGGCGCCGGAGGUGUCCAUGAUGGAGCAGCACGGUCGAGCUGAACUUGUAGCUCAGGAGGACAAACCCAAGCUCCUGAAGGCAGCCUUCCUGCAGUUCUGCCGCAACGAUCUUCUGGGUGCUCAGACGCUCACUGAUGAGCUUUUCCCCGCUGGCAGCGAAGGAGGCGAGCUGGACGCCAUGGUGACCCGGAUCAACCUGGACCUGCUGGACGACUACCCCGCCUCCGACCCCCGCUGGGCCGAGUCGGUUCCUGACGAGAGCGUCGGCUUCCCGCUGACGUCGCUCAUCAUCCUGCACCAGCUGGAGGACAAGAUGAAGGCCCACAGCUGCUUCAUGGACUUCCUGCUGCAGGUGGGCCUGCUGGACCGACUGGGUCAGGUGACGGUGCGCUCGUCUCCCACGGCGACGCGGCUGCUGCUGUGCGAGCACGCCGAGAAGCUGCAGGCGGCCAUGGUUCUGAAGAACCACCACAGCAAGCACGGCGAGGUGGUCAACGGGGCCAUCAGCGCCGCGCUGCGCAGGAAGAACUGCAGCGUGCCCCCCAGUCUCACCGUGGCCGACGUCUUCUUCAGGGAGGUGUCACAGAUCUCCUCCAUCUUCGAUUGUCUGCUGGAAGAGGAGGAGAGGAGCGUGCGGGAGAACCCGGUGGACUCGGUGCAGUGGGCCGAGGUGGUUCUGACCGUCAACGCCAUCAUCAAGGACAUGCUUCAUGCCGCGGGUCAGUACCGAGAGACCAAGGCGUCCACGUACAGAGCUUCUGAGAAGGCCGCUGCAGAACCAGAGUACAUCCCGUGGACAGCGCUGGGCGGCGUGCGUACGGUCAUCUCGCGCCAACACGAGCUCAUCCUGCGCUCCAUGUACCCGCACGCCGACUCGGAGCUGCGCAGCGUUUUGUGCGAGCAGCUGGUGGCGCUGUUGGACUUCUACCUGGGCGGUUACGUGGCCCAGCUGCACUCCCUGCAGCAGGCGCCCCCUGGUGGCCAGCAGGAGCGCUACAACAGCCUGGAAAUGGAGUACAGCCAGCGUCGCUCCGAGCUGCUGACGCCGCUCCUGGAACUGGGUCAGUACCAGUGGGUGGCGGCGCUGGCAGAGAAGUACUGUGACUUUGACAUGCUGGUCCAAAUGUGCGAGCUGACAGACAACCAGAGCCGCCUGCAGCACUACAUGAGCAAGUUUGACCAGCAGAACUUUGCAGAAUUCCUGUUCCGCUGGUACAUGGAGAAAGGGAAGCGAGGGAAGCUCCUGUCCCAGCCGGCCGCGCAGCACCAAGAGCUGGCGGGCUUCCUGCAGGCCCACCAGCACCUCAGCUGGCUGCACGACAUCCACGUGCACGACUACCAGAGCGCCCACAGGACUCUGUCCAGGCAGGCCGACGCGGAGACGCGGUACUUCGCCAAGAAGAAGACUCUGCUGGCUCUCAGCAAGCUGGCGGCGCUGGCGUCCGACCUUCCGGAAGACGAGCUGGCCAAGCGGGUGGAAGACAUGGUGCAGCAGGAGCGCUUCCUCCUGCACCAGGAGACGCUGCCCAGGCAGCUCCUGGAGGACAAGCAGCAGAACCCGGACACCAUGCCGCUGCUCAGCGCCUACAAGCUGGUCCAGCUGUACGUCAGUGACGACAACCGGCGGGCCAACGAAUACGACUUCAAGAAGGCCCUGGAUCUCCUGGAGUACAUCGAUCAGGAAGACGAGGUCGACAUCGACGCGCUCAAGUGUGACAUCUUUGGGAAAGUCCUCGCCAGGGACGACUGGUCCUCCGCCGACGGCAACGACGACCCGCUGGAGGCCGCCAAGGACAGCAUCUUUGUCAAGAUCCUGCUCAAGCUCCUGGAGGAAGGCGUGCCCCUGCAGACCUACCUGCCGGACGUCAAGGACCUGCUGGACCUGGACCAGCUCAGCACUCUCAAGUCCAAACCUUACUUUGAGUUUGUGCUGAGAGCAAAUUAUGAGCAUUAUCUGCAAGCGCAGAUGUGAGCGCCCCCCGGUGGCCCAGUUCUGUAAAAUACUCUUUUCUAAAUAAACUUUUCUAGGUUUUUUUUUGUA